AAGUCACGUGACCCUUUUUCGCCAUUUUACGUCUGGUGCUUGACGUCCUGAAGGAGCGGGGCACCUUUCCGGCGUGUUUGAUAAGUAACAAUUUUCUCUAGUAGCCCCUAAUGGUCUAGCACCGUCUAAUCCAACAUGCCGACGUAUUUUCAACGACCUGAAAAUGCUCUUAAGCGAGCUAGAGAAUUUAUCGACGUUGGAAAGAAACAUCGUGCGUUGGAUGCUCUUUAUGAUGUUAUCAAGAGCCGAAAGCAUCGAACAUGGCAAAAAGUUCACGAACCGAUUAUGCAGCAGUAUUUGGAGCUGUGUGUGGAACUCAAGAAAAGUCACAUUGCUAAAGAAGGACUCUUUCAGUACAGAAACAUAUGUCAACAGGUGAACAUAAAAUCGUUAGAAGAUGUAGUACGUGGUUACUUGGACUUGGCUGAAGAGAAAACCGAGGCUGCUCGCGAAGAAUCCCAGCAAGCAGUGGUCGACAUUGACGACCUCGACAACGUGCAGACUCCAGAAAGUCUCUUAUUGAGUGCAGUCAGCAGUGAAGACACCCAGGAUCGCACUGAUCGUGUUGUCCUCACACCAUGGGUCAAGUUUCUGUGGGAGUCCUAUCGACAGUGCUUGGAGCUUCUCCGUAACAACUCGCGUGUCGAAUGUCUCUACCAUGACAUUGCACGCCAAGCUUUCAAGUUCUGCCUCAAGUAUAACCGCAAGACUGAAUUCCGCAAACUUUGCGAUCAUCUUCGUGCUCACCUGGGCCAGAUCCACCGACAUCAAAGCCAGCAGACUUCAGUGAACCUCAACAACCCUGAAAGUCAGGCCAUGCAUUUGGAGACACGUCUUGUCCAACUGGAUAGUGCCAUUCAAAUGGAGCUCUGGCAGGAGGCAUACAAGGCAACAGAGGACAUUCAUGGCCUGAUGACCCUCUCCAAAAAGUCUCCAAAGCCACAGCUGAUGGCCAACUACUACCAGAAGCUGGCACUGGUUUUCUGGAAAGCGGGCAACCACUUGUUCCAUGCGUCUGCCUUAUUCCGCUACUUCCACUUGGCCAAGGACUUGAAGAAAAAUAUUACACAAGAAGAGAUUCAGCGCAUGGCUUCGCGUGUUGUGCUGGCCACUUUGGCUGUGCCGAUGCCUCCGAAUCGGCCUGAAAUCGAUCGGCUUGUUGAGACUGAGGAGAACGUUGGUGAGAAGAAUCAGCGUCUGCUGGCAACCUUGCUGGGCCUCAACAACCCACCAACACGGGCCAGCUUAGUGAAAGAGCUGGUGCGCCUUGGUGUGGUGGGCCUGGCACCUCCCCAACUUCAAGAUCUGUACCGCUGGCUUGAAGUGGACUUUCAGCCUCUCAAGUUGUGUGGGCGUGUCAUGCAGUGCUUUGACUUCAUCAACAAGUGGGAAGAGUGCUCUGAAUUGCGCAUGUAUGUGACUGCUCUGCAAGACAUCACUGUCAUGCGACUACUGAAAGAGGUGUCGCAGGUGUAUCAAACCAUAGAAAUCAAGCGUUUGCUUGAGCUGGCCCCUUUUGCCAGUGCCUUUUACUUGGAGAACAUGGUGGUGGAUGCCGUGCGAAGGAAUGACUUGCAAGUCCGCAUUGACCACAAACGUCGAUGCUUGCACUUUGGCUCCGAGCUUAGUGUCUCUCAGCAGGAGGAAGUGGUGGAAGGGCCACAUUUGCAGGGGAUGCCAAGUGAACAGAUUCGUUGUCAGCUUGUCAAGCUGUACUCUGUCUUGCAACGAUCAGUUCAUCUGAUCAGACCAGAGGAGAUUAAGGACUCUACGAAGGAACUCAAGAUGCACAUCAUAGAUGCAUACCGCCUGGUCUGCAAGAAAGAGCACAAGAAGAUCCUUGAACGCCAGCAAAUUAUUGAGGCUCGCAAAGAGAUGCUGGAGAAUCUCACGUUCCAGCGGGAGGAAGAAGAGCGCAAGCAAAUGGAGGAGAGACAGCAGAAAAUGCGCGAGGCAGAAGAAGAGCGCAUAGUGCGCGAGGCAGAGGAGCGUGCCAAACAGCGUAGCCAGCGAGAACAGGAUGAGAUGAAGAAAAAAGUGGUGCUGGAAAAGAUUGAGCUUCUGCGCAAGACUGAUAUAGGAGCACGCAUAUUUGAGGGAUUAGAGGAAGAGGAGCUCGAGCGGCUUGAUCCUGAAGAGAUUUUGAAUCGACAGGUAGAGCAGCUGGACCGUGAACGUAAGGAAAUGCAAACCAAGUUAAAAAAGCAGGAGCGAAAGGUGGACUACAUGGAACGUGCAAAACGUCUGGAAGAGAUCCCUCUGUUGCAGGAGGCUUACGAGCGCUUCAAACUUGAAGACCAGAAGUUCUGGCAGCAGAAAGAGGAGGAACGUAUUCGUUUGCUAGUUCAAGAGCGAGAAGUUGCACUGCAACACAAGAUGAGGCUGUCGCGCAUGCGUGAUGACAAAGAGGAGUUCCUAAGCAAGCUGACGCAGGACCGCUACUCCGUCUACAAGGAGAAGCGCCAGCAGUUCGAGCAGCGGCUUGAAGAGGAGCGCCGCAAGAGGCUAGCAGCUCGCAAAGCUGAACGCAAGGAAGAGCGACGCGAAAAAUUUUUGCGCGAGCGCGAGGAGGCACGCCGGCGAGCCGCCCUGGAGGAGCAGAAGCGCAUAGAGGCUGAACGAUUGAGUAAGCUUCGCGAGAUAGAGGCCAUUAAGGCAGCACGUGAACGAGAGAUUGAGGAAAAGCAGCGGAGGAUGGAAGAAGAAGAGCGGCAACGUCAGGAGGCUGAGAAGAUCCGGCAGCCGCCUAGCCGCACCGAGGAGACAAGCAGCUGGCGCAAACGAGACGAGGAGCCAGAGCGCAAGAAUGAGUCAUGGAGAAGCCGUACUCGUGACAACCGUGAGAGCGAAAAAGAGUCUUUUGGAAGAAGAGAUCGUGACAAUGAGAAGGAUCGUGAUAAUGAAGACAACUGGCGCCGGAGGAGGGACUUGGAUGACGAGCCGCCCAGAACAAGAGCACCAGAGUCGAGCUGGCGCAAAGCUGAGCCAGAUACUGACAGAAGUAGUUCCUGGCGUCCUGGUGCAACUUCAUGGCGUUCUGGGGACAAUCGGGUGCGCGAUGGCGGCCGGCCCAGAGACUUUGAUGAUCGUGGUCGUCGGGACUUCGGAGAGGACCGUCGUCCGCCGCCGCCUCGGGACUUUGAUAGAGAGGACCGUGGUCGUCGGGACUUUGGAGACGAUCGUCGUCCUCCUCGGGAUUUAGACCGAGAAGAUCGUGGCCGCCAAGAGUUUGGUCGAGACUUUGGGGAUGACCGCCGUCGUAGGGACUUCGGGCGUGCCAGAGAGUUUGGGGAUGAUCGCCCUGCCAGGUCUGGGGAAAGUGACAAUUGGCGUUCUGGGCUCAAGGAAUCGAGAGGUGGUGGGUCCGGCUGGCAGUCAGAUGAUAAGCGUCCAUCACCACGAAAAGAUGAUCACAUUACUGGCUCCUGGAGAGAGAAAGAAAGCAUGCCAAACAAGCCUGAUGCCGAUGAGGAUGGCUGGAAGACAGUCCGCUAAAUCCAACGACCUUGCAGUCACGUUGGCCAGUGCUAUUCAAAAGCUGUCUACUCGAGUUGGCAAUUAUGCUUCUAGAAAGGUGGAACACCAACACCAUGUUUUCCUUUCGUUGUCCACUCUACAAGAACCACUGCAAGACAUUUGCUGUCAUUUUUUUUUUUUUUUUCAGCAUUUAUUCUAAACAAUUAAAUUGGUCGAAAACAAAUC